AUGCGACUCCUUCUCCUUCGCGUCCGCGCCCGCGCCCUGCCGACGCGUCUCCUCGCGCCAACGCCUGCGUCCUCCCGCUCCCUCCGCUCCCACCGCUCCCGCCGCCUCCAGCGCCCGCCCAUCGAAGUCGCCGGACACUCGCGCCCCACCGAGCCACCGCCUCCCCGCCAAGAUGCCUCCUCCUCCCACCCCGACCCCCUGGGCCUGCUGAACCCCGAGCCCGCCGAGCCCGUCGUGCGCUUCUACGAGCAGGACGUCACCCGCUUCGCCGCCGACGAGGUGCCGCGCCGAGUGAGCGCCACGCGCGUCAACGCCGACGAGGACCGCGCGCGGGAGCUGAUGGCCAAGAUCCGGCGCCUCGAGUCCGAGAUCGAGCUGCUGGAGAAUGACACGGGCGACGUCGAGGACCCGGUGCUGAUGCGCCUGCGCGCCGUGGCCAACGACGAGCUGGACCCGGACAUCGACACGCUGGCCGAGGCGGACCCGGAGAGCGUGCGUCGCGAGCUCGACGGCUUGAUGGUCAAGCUGCCGCCGUCCGGGGCCGCGCCCACCGACCAAACCAGCCUCGCCCGCCUGAACAACUGCCUGCGUCACGCCUACCUCGCCACCGACCCGGCCCGCCGCCCCACCAUCCGCCAGGAGCUCUGGAAGGCCUACCGCCGCGCCAAGCUGCGCGUCCCGGGCCUGCUGCCCGCCAUCCCCACCCCCACCUGGGACAUACUGUUUUACAGCCAGGCCGUGCGCUGGCGCAGCAACAAGCAGCGCGACCAGCACGUCUCUGAGCUGCUGGAGGACAUGAAGAGCGUCGGCAUGGACGGCCCGCCGACCCCGCCGCCCGAGGGGAACGACCCAGCCGGUGGAGAUGGCGGAGCCAAGGACGAUUGA